CCAGCGACACGUUAGCCAUGUGAGUGACCAACGCCCUCUCCCGGGGGCGGGCAGGUUGGGAGGACGAGCAAACGACGUGAGGCGUCGGGCGUCGUGGGUGCAGCGGUGCGAACGGACCGCGGACUGGACUCGGUCCAAAGUCCAAACACGUAUGUACACGGUCUGUCCGGAGGCCGGAGCUUCACAUCGCUGGCCGGCCCCCCGCGACCGAGAUGUCGCGGCCGUGCUUCACAUCGCUGGCCCGCCCGCUCGUUCGUCGGUCUCGGAACUUUGUCCACCUCUGCGCUGCUGGCCUCCUGCUGCUCCUCUCCCUCCUGCAGCGUUGCCGUCCACAGGAACAGGACGGGACGGGUUGAGAAAAUUUCAGCGAAACCAUCGGCGGAUUACAUAAGCCGACAGCCACCGGUCGUUGCGUCUUGCUCAUCAGAACGCUAGCUAGGACUAGGAGAAGCUUAACCUCUGCAACCACCGAUAAGAGUUACUACUAUUUACAUAGGAGCGGCAGCUGCCACCGCGUGCGCCGGCGAUGGGGUGGUGGGAGAACGCCAAGAGCGUGUUCGGCGACGCCGGGAACGUCGGCUGCUUCCCGAGGAUCGGGAGGAAGCAGUCCAAGAACUCGUACGCUUUCCCGGCGGAUCCUGGGAGCGAAAAACGGAGAGGGUCAGGCGGCCCCGCCCCCGCCCCGGAGGAGGUGAUCACGGUGGAGGUGCCGGAGGUGCCCCUGCGCGAGCUGAACGGGAUCACGGCGUCCUUCUCAGGCGAGAAGCUGAUCGGGCAAGGGUCCUACGCCAAGGUCUACCAGGCCACGACGCGGAGCGGCAGGCUGGCUGUCGUCAAGCGGCUGGAGAAGCCCUCCAAGCACGCGUCCAACGACGUCUUCCUCAAGCAGCUCGGGGUGGCGUCCAGGCUCAAGCACGACAACUUCGUCCGCCUGCUCGGGUACACCAUCAGCGGCGACCUCCGCGUGCUGGUCUACGAGUUCGCCACCAUGGGCACCCUCCACGACGUGCUUCACGGGGACAGGGAUGUGCUGAGGCUGCCGCCGCCGGAGCAGGGCAGCGCCGCCAGGCCGGUGCUGCUGAGCUGGAUUCACCGCGUGCACAUCGCGCUGGACGCGGCGAGGGGGCUGGAGUACCUGCACGAGAUGGUGCAGCCGCCGGUGACGCACAAGGACGUGCGCUCCACCAACGUCCUGCUGUUCGAGGGCUUCAGGGCCAAGAUCGCCGACUACAACAUGUUCAGCCAGGCCGCGGACAUGGCCAGGCUCAACCGCUCCACGCACACGCUCGGUUCCUUCGGCUACCAGGCGCCCGAGUACGCCAUGACGGGCCAGAUGACGGACAAGAGCGACGUGUACAGCUUCGGCAUCGUUCUCCUGGAGCUCCUGACGGGUAGGAAGCCAUUGGACCGGACGUUGCCGCCGGGCCAGCGAAGCCUGGUGAACUGGGCAACUCCGAUGCUGACGGAAGACAGGGUUCAGGAAUGCAUCGAUCCGCAACUUGGUGAUCAGUAUCCUCCUGCUGGAGCUGUCAAGCUCGGGCGAAUCGCGGUGCAGUGCCUGCAGUACGACCCCACCUUCCGGCCGUCCAUGGGCACCGUCGCCCGCGUCAUCAACUACGCCGUCUUGCGAGACCAGCAGGGCGUCGUCUGAUUUGAUGGCGUGCCGAAUUUUGGUACUAUAGCUGUGAAUAUCAUGCAUGUCUUGCUGUGCUAUGUUAAGUAAGCUGGCCAUGUUUGAGCAGCGGUUAUUAUCUGAGAAUGGAUACUAUCCUUGGAAGCAGCACGGAAUGGGUUGCGGUUACGACCACAUAAAACAAUGGGCUAGUUUGUAAUAACAAUAUAUUUUUCUCUGAGAAUGUUUUGUGAAGGUGUACAAAAAAAAAAAGAUACAGGAGCUGGUCACUAAAUCAGUUGGGGUUUCUCGACCUGAGCGAGUUCUUA